UCGGUUAGCACGGCGGCGACCGCAAUCGAGCCAGCCCCUGUCGUCGGAAAAUCUCUGGGAUGAGUCAUCGACUGUCCCAGAAUGCUCGACAUACGCAGGAGUUGCUGCAAGAGCUCGAGCGAGACAAAGAGCUCGACGUUCUGCGGGUUUACCUGACCAAAUACAACUUAUUUCCGCGGAAACGUGACCCCAAGACGGCACCGAUCCGAGCCGAGGAACUGCGAGACCUGGUCAAGCAUUGGAAACUCCAUCGACAGCGGAACUUUUGGAAAAACCACGCGACCAAGGAGGAACUGGUCCGGACACUGUACAAGUACAUUAACACGAAGGUGCUACCAUCCGAGCGGAUCGGCGACAAGUCCGCUGGCAUGGCGUCGGCCGCGGGGUUGGCAUCCCCCACCUCGUCGUCAGGGCCCCCCACGCCCAUCGUCCCCGAGCGACCAAAGACCCCCGUGCCCGAAAGUCCAGCAAAGAAGCCCCUGUUUGACCGGAGAUUGUCCAACCGAUCGCUGCUCCUCGCCGCGGCCAUGAGUUCCACGGCCAAAUCGCCAAGUCGCCGUGGGGAGUUUGUAUUGGAGUCGUAUUUGGGUGACUUGUUUGGCCAGCGAGGAGACUACGAGGACGGCAUGAUCUAUUUAUCUCGACUUGGCAACGUCGACGUCAGCUCCAGGUCAGACGUAGCUGACGACAUUGGCGAUGAAAAGAGCACCCCAAAGUCAAGGCAAGCCAUACUCGCAGCCCCCACGUCCCCAACCGCAGCGACGGCAAACAACGCGUUCUCCGACGCGUCGUCGAUCGUGGAGCUCAUGGACGACGACUCGACCACCCGGGAAACCAGAAUGAAGCAAGAAUGCGCGUCCAGUUUGUACCAACUUACACUACAUGUGGGCCACGAAGUCGGGAUCGUACAGGAAGGGUGUGUGCCGGCGCUUGUCCGGCUGAGUAUGUUUGACGACUACGACGUUAAAAAGUAUGCGGCGGCAGCGACAGUCAACUUGACGUGCGACUCGUCGCUAUGUUCUCGCAUGCUCGACGAUGGCCUGUUGGUCGGGCUCAUGGAGUUUUCCAAAGUACAGCAAGAAGACAUCCGUCGUAACGCUGCCAUCGGCAUGUGCCGGAUAUCGUACGAGCGGCUGGGCCAGCAGCGCCUGCUGCAGGAAGGAAGUGUGCCGGCGAUGAUUUCGAUGCUCAACAGCACCGACAACGACACGAAAGAAGCGUGCAUCAAGGCCAUUGUCAACAUCGCGUCCUUCUCAGGCUCGGUGAUCUCCGAGUCGGUCGUGUACACGAUGGUGAAAAUGUCUGGCCUGAGGAAACAAGACUUGUCAUGUCUGCGGUUCAUGGGCGAAACCAUAUGCAACCUCUCGCUUUUGUCUGGGCCUCGCGUGAAGGCAGUGGAAGACGGAGUGCUGGAGCCCAUAGCUGUGAUCGGACACCACGCCACGGACGUGGACGUCCUGCGACUCGCCGCCACUGCCUUGUGCAACUUCUCGACUGUGGAGGCAAACCACGCCUUGUUGAGCCAGCUUCGGGUGCUCAAGUGCAUCGAAGUGCUGUUGGAAGUGCCAGACGAGACCAUCCGGGAGCUGGGGGCGGUCACCGUGGCCAACCUCACAUGCAGUCCCGACUCGAUCAAGUCGAUCAUCCAGAGCAACAUUGCCAUCAAGCUGAUUCAAAUCGGGUACACGACCAACGACGUGAUUCAAGAAAACGUGUCGUUGGCACUGUCCAACCUGGCCAUAAGCGAAGAAGACAAGGAGCUGUUCCUCACGCGCAGCGGCGUCGUGCUCAUGUUGUUGCAGUUCCUCAAAGCCGGCAGCGCCGUCACGCAGGAGAAUGCCGUGUGUACCCUCUGCAGUCUCAUGGCCCACGAAAGCUCCCGCAGCGAACUCAUGCAGUGUGACAUGAUUGGCGUGCUCCUGCAGCUGGCGUCGGCCCCCCUACCCCAGACGCGGGAGCUGGCUGCCAUGUCGAUGCUCAACUUUUCCGCCCACGCCGACCUGAGCCCAUACCUUCUCGCCCCCGACACGCUCAAGUCACUCAUCUCGCUCUUCGUCGGAGAUGACGUGGCAGAUCAACACCCCAAGGACUCGACGGUCACCCUCUCGCGCAUCCAAGACUACUGCCUCAGCUGUCUGUACAACUUGUCGUUUUACACUGGCAGCCGUGCGCAGCUCGUGUCGGAAGGCUGCGUCGGGGCCCUCGCCCUCGUGUUUCGCAAACCGUCCCGCGUUGCCGACCAAAACAAGCGUGUGGUGGCCACCGUGUGCAACUUUACAUUUUGCGUCGAGGGGCAGGCCCGCCUGCUGGCGGACGACGGGCUCCGCCUCAUGAAACGGCUCACGGCGCAUUGCACGAUCAAAGAAGUCCUCCUGUGUGCAUCCACGGCGCUAUGCAAUAUCGCUACCGUCGCAAUCGACCAGCCUAAUUCGCCUGUGCUGUCGAUGCUCAUUGAUUUGUCCCACACAGCCCACAGCGACAUCUCCCUCAACUGCGCGAUCGCGUUCAACAAACUCGCGGGGAAUUCAGGGUAUGCAGAAGCGCUAUCGCGGUGCGCCGAGCUCGCGCCGUCGUUGACCAUGAUGAUGCGGUCCGGGGUCGAGGACGUUCAGAUCCACUGCGCCGCCGCACUCUGCGGUCUCGCCAGCGACCGGACGUCCAAGCUGCACCGGACGAUGUGGAAGGACAACGCCAUCGGCGACUUCAUCGUCAACUCCCUCCUCCGGAUCAACAGCGACUCGACCAAAGAAAUCUGCGCCCGCGUCCUGUUCAACGUGCUCACGCACGACGACGGCCGCGUUGGGUUCAUCAAAGACGGCGUCCUGUACGCCCUUGUCAAGCUCGCGCGCCUCGACAGCGUCGAAAUCCGGACGCUGUGCGUCACGGCACUGUACAACUUGAGCUGCGAUGAGAGCAUGGUCCCGGUGCUCAUGGACAUCAACGUGGCGCAGGUGAUUUCCAAGAUGUGCGAGAGCGAGGCCAACAGCGAAGCGAACCGUCAACGCCUCGCGGCGUGCCUGACCAACAUCGCGCUGUGUCCGGGAAACGAAGCCAAGCUCGUCGAAGGCGGUGUGCUCGGCGCGAUCGUGCUGCUGUGCGACCACGGCGACCUCCAGUGUCUGCGGUACUCGGCGUCCGCGCUGUGUUCGAUCUCGAACGUCCCCGACUGCUGCGUGGCCAUGGCGUCGCUGUUGAUCGUCGAGUUGCUGCUGAAAAUGAUCAACUCCAAGGAUGGCACGCAGUGCAUUUUCGCCCUCAAUGCGCUGUGCAACAUUUCGUGCAUCGUGACCAACCACGACAAAAUCGAAGAAGGCGACGCCAUCUGCUCAGUCCUGCGCGUGCUGGACGAGUCGGAAGAAGAGGCGAUUGUUCUCACCUGUACCAAGAUCGUGUGUAAUCUCUCGUACGAUAUCAAGCACCACGGGCACAUCCUCAAAUACCGGUUCGUCCGCACAAUGGUCAAAGUGUUUAGCCAGGAGGUUGUGUACCCGUCGGUGGCGGACGUCGCGGCGCGCAUCCUUGCCACCCUUAGCGAAAACGCCAACGAAAUCACAGCGCUUGUCAACGACGGCGCGGUGCACGUCCUCCGCGUGGCCGCACGUUACGGGUCGCCGUCCGCGGUUUCCAACUGCAUCAUAUCGCUGUGUCGGCUCUCCCGCGGCGGCCACAGCGGCAUGCGCAUCCUGGAAGACGGGCUCUUCGACAUCAUCGCGACCGCCAUCCCCCUCGAGUACCCGCCCCAGGUGGGUCCUCGCGUGAGCGCCGCCACGUCGGAGCGCUGCUCCAUGAUCUUGCGCACGCUGUCCACGUACUUGAUGUGCAUUUCGUCCAUGGUGGCAGACCGCCGCAUCGUUCCGAUCGUGGCGGCGCUGGCGUUCCACGGCGACAAGGACACGUGCACCAACUGCGUCAUGCUGCUGCACAACAUCACGGCGGCCCGGAACCGGCUCUUUCAAAAGGAGGCGCGGCUCUCGGGUGUGAUCCCGCUGCUCAUCAAGCUGUCCAAGGUCGGUCCCGCCGACGUCCGCCUCGUGUGUUCCGUGUCCCUUGCCCACUUGAACUCGGAUCUGACCGAGGCGGAGCGGGAUGCCCAAGACGAAUUUGAAAAGGGGCUGGUCGCAACGCUCAUUUCGAUGCUCGACAUGGAUGCGUCCAUGAUGCAAAAGGUAGAGAAGGUCGCGUCGGCGCUGCCCCCCCCGCUCGUGCUCGCGGCCAAAGCGGCGGCCGACUGGGACUUUUUGCACGGCGUCCAAUCCACGCGCAUUCUGCAGCAGAUUCCCAUCACAUGGACCACGCAGAGCGCCGCCAUCGACCAAGGCCGGUUCCAUCCCAUCGAUCCAAGCGAGUUCCUGAGCAUGCUCCCGUCGUUUAAUGCUAACCGCACCCCCACAGUCAAAGACACGUUGUUUGGACAGUUUAGAGUGCUCAAAGUGAGCCCAGACAAGUGCUUCCUCAAACCCGCGCCGCGGAAUUCCGCCAUGUCCCCCACGACUGUUCUGCGGCACUUGGGCUCGUCGUCUGCCAACGUUCCCACUGCUGCGUCCGUUGUUUCGACCACAGCCAGCGGCAAUGGUACACCCAAAACGCCCCAUCCAUCUAGCACGACGGUAUCUAUUCUAAAGAAGGACGACGCGGUGCGACAAGGGUCUGCGACAGCGGUCCGGGCCACCAAGCCCGCCACCCCCAAAAAGUCCAAGCCUUCGAUCCAUCGCAUGGGGUCGCAAAUGAGCUCGACCAAGCAACCCACAGCAGCUGCGGUGGCGACGCACCCAGAGCCGCCGUUAAGUGUGCAUUUGCUGCCGAAAAUAGUUUAAGUUAUAAGGAAUGCUAGUACUGUUGUUAUUCGUGGAGUAACGAGACAUGGGCUGGCAGGGACGGGAGGGAGCGAAGGUUGAGCUUGGGGUUGCCACGAAGGUCGAUGACUUGGAUGUAUGGCAGAAGCGCAAGCGUCGACGGCGCACUCGUAAGUUGGUUGUGCGAGAGGUCGAGGUGGCGGAGCGACUGCAGCCCCUCGAGGCCCACAAGGGCUGUGUCGGAAAGGUUGUUGUGCCCAAGGUUCAAUUCUUCCAGUUGGGGUAAGUUGAACAGAGAGGGAGGGAGCGCAUGCAGGUGAUUGUGACUCACGUUGAGAGCCUUCAACUGUGGCAGCUUUUCCAAGACCAUGCUGAAACGACACACGCACGCUUCACCCACGCGUUCGCACAUCAAGUUGCGACACAGAAGGUCUUCAGACCGUUGAAGGAUUAGCUCACGCACAGCUCCCAUGUGCAUGGCGGCUUCACGGACACUGCGGGCGAUCAUGACGUGGUGGUGGCGGCGGCGGCACUUUUUUGCUUGACGUACAAUUGUCGAAGCUUCUCUGUGAUUGGUGGAGUCACUGGGU